GCCGACUUGCGCACGCGCGCCCUCCGCCUCGGUCUCGCACUCGGCCUGCGCAGGCGCAAGCCCGCAAGAUGGCGGCAGCUGGAGCAGGACGUCUGAGGCGGGCGACUUCGGCACUGCUGCUCCGGGCCCCGCGUCUGCCGGUCCGGGAGCUGUCAGCUCCGGCUCGGCUCUAUCACAAGAAGGUUGUUGAUCAUUAUGAAAAUCCCCGAAACGUGGGGUCCCUUGAUAAGACAUCUAAAAAUGUUGGAACCGGACUGGUGGGAGCUCCAGCGUGUGGUGAUGUCAUGAAAUUACAGAUUCAAGUGGAUGAAAAGGGGAAGAUCGUGGACGCCAGGUUUAAAACAUUUGGCUGUGGUUCUGCGAUUGCCUCCAGCUCGCUAGCCACCGAAUGGGUAAAGGGGAAGACGGUGGAGGAAGCCUUGACCAUCAAAAACACGGACAUCGCCAAGGAGCUGUGCCUCCCGCCUGUGAAACUGCACUGCUCCAGCUGUCCCCAGAGCCGCCCUGCAGGAGGGAUCCGGCUCAGGAAACAGCUGUCGACCUGCAGGCCUGCGCCUCGCCCAGCACCCUGUGCUGGCCGAAGAUGCCAUCAAGGCCGCCCUGGCUGAUUUCAAACUGAAACAAGAACCCAAGAAAGGAGAGGCGGCAAAGCAAUGAGCUCCUGGCGAAGCUUCCUGCAGGUCACGUGGGCUGCUUACACGCCCCCCCACCCCCGCCACGCCGUGCAGUCACGUAGGUGUUUAGAAGCCCUCGCACUACAAUAAAAGCACUAUGAGAUCCGCACGGCAUUUGCUGUUCACGUUGUGAUUCUAAUGCAAGCAAAAUACACAGUCUAGUUGUUCUGAAUCCUUUGGCUUCCCGCAGCUCACUUUCAUCGCCUUAAUCUAGUGUAUGUCUAUUUCGAAUUAUGCAUAUGGCCCCCAAACUGAAAUCAGUAGGUUUGGGUAGUCGUGAAGUGCACAAAUAUCUAAUUUUACCUGAAUCUAUUUUGGGGAAGAUUACCAGUAGAAUGCCUUGGUAAGAUUAUUGGUAGGACCAAAUAUUGUACAUAAAACAGAUUUGCAUAUAUAUAAUAAAUAAAGGAAUAUAAGGCAG